AAGGGGAGAGAGAGAGAGAGAGCGAGAGAGAGAGAUGGACAGUGGUAGGGACCAAACAAGCUGAGCCGAGCACUUCUGGCAAGGCAGGAGAGCAUGAGAGAGAUAUAGAGAGGGGGAGCAAAGGAUAGGAAAGGAGAGCAAGGCAGAGCAAGGAGAGAGAGAGAGAGAGAGAGGGAGAGAGAGAGAGAGAGAAAGGCUGGCUAGGUACAGCAUACAUUUCUCAAGGAGAGAAAAGGAGGACAGCAAUUAUUGUAUGCAACACCCUACAGCGACAGCAAUAAAGUCUUUUCUGGCAUCGCAAGCCAGCUGCUCUCUCUCUCCCUCUCUCUCUUUCCCUCUCUCUCUGUUUUUCCAGCCAGCUGGUGCUCACUGCGCACGUUAUAUGAUUGAUCCAGGGGAAAAUGCUGAAGUUCCGAGCGGACCGGAGAGUCAGCCAGAAUGACCCAAAUGGGCCAGCUGGGCACCCAGUGAUCCAUACUCGUCUAGAAGAGAACGGACAGUUCCAGAAAGCCCUGCCGAGCUCUGAUACGGACAUGAAUGGCAAGGCGGGUGGCAGAGGGCCGAUGACCAGUGCCGGCGAGGCCAACAGCAAUGCCAACAACCUCAGUAUGGUGUCUGAGCCCACCUCGGAGGCUCAGAACCACUCACGGGCCUCGCGCACGCCCAAGAAAGCCGCCACCUUCGGAAAGCGCUCCAACUCCAUGCGCCGCAAUCCCAAAGCUGAGGUGACCAAGCAGGGCUGGCUCCAUAAGCAGGCCAGCAGUGGUGUAAAGCAGUGGAACAAGCGCUGGUUCGUGCUCACAGACCGAUGUCUCUUUUACUACAAGGAUGACAAGGAAGAAGUAGUCUUGGGCAGCCUUCCUCUCCUCAGCUUCAAGAUCGGGCCAGUCCAGGCUUCGGACAACAUCAGCCGCAAGUUUGCCUUUAAGGUGUGGUUUGAAAAAGAGGACGAGGAAGAGGAGGAAGACGAGGAGGAGGAAGGAGGAGACCUUAAGGGCAGUAUUGCUUUCUGUUUGCAGGUAGAACACGCCGGCACUCGUACAUACUACUUCAGUGCCGACACCCUGGAGGAUCAGGAGGAGUGGAUUCAAGUCAUGACUGAGGCCGCAAGGAUCCACAUCUCAGCCUCAAAUAGGACAAACACAGAGUCAAUCCCUCCAGAAGAACAGAACCACAUCAUGGUGGCAAAAGGACCAGAAGUACAGGACAAUGGUGAUGCUACCCCAAGACCUGAGCUACCAGAAUCUGCCAAACAUGGUGUCAAUGGAGUGGACACUAGAGAGACUUCCACUCCCACUACUCCUCUGCCCCCUGAUGUGGGGGAGAGGCGAGGGCUGCCUCCUCACCAUCCCAAUGGAUGGGGUAGCUAUGGCCCACCUAAUGGUCCUGGCUACCAGUUUCAGGACAAAAUAAGAGAGGUGAGGGAGGUGCAGCCUGAGCCCCAGGAGAAUGUGGUGCUGCGGAGGGGCUUUGUGCCCAGGACUGCACCUGAGAGGCUGGCGCAGAGGAAGAGUUCCAUGACCCAGCUCCAGCAGUGGGUGAACCAGCGGCGAGGCAUGGCCGCUCAGGAUGACCUGCGCAGUUCAUCACGGUACUACACAGUGAACCGAGGCAUGUCAGCUGACUAUUUUGGCAUGUACAGUGGUCCUCCUUAUGUGGAGGAGUAUCCCCUCUACCCUCCUGGCGUCCGUCCUGAAAGCAUCUGUUCCAUGUCAGCUGCAUAUGACCGGACGCCCCUGCGCUGGACAGCAGAGGAAAAACGGCGGUCGCUGCGGGAUGGCGUGCUUUAUGCUCCGCCUCGGGAGCCUCAGUGGUUGGGACCCCCUGGCUCGCAUCCCGGAUACUACUCUCAGCUAGAGUCAGCGCAGGGCUCCAUGAGGCGUCUCUCGCUGCAGCCACGCUCACGCUCCGUACCCCGCUCACCCUCAUCUUGUUCAGGAGGGCCGUACUCACCAGGACCCCAUAACUUUGUCUCACCUGCACGGUCACCCAGCACUCGCUUCGACAGAGUGCCUGGGCGCCUCAGAGAGGAAGGAGUCUAUGCUGAUCCCUCUGUCUAUGGCCUGCGAAGAUCCCUCAGUUCCCCCAAAUAUGAUUUUCCUGGAGAUCGGCGGUCUCUCAGUCAAAGUAUGUAUCACUACAACUACCCAGCCUCUCCUUCGCUACAUGGCAAAAUGGAGGAUAUUUUAGACCUGCAGCUACAGAGAAACCUGGAGUAUCUUGAUCAGCAGGUAAUGGAGGGAGAUCACCUAAUCGGCAUGGUAACCCGAAUGGUUGAGCGCUCCUCUCCAAGUGCAAGGCUUUUCUCACAAGUGCCUCCAUUCCAUGAUAUCUACAGGGAUCUGCAUCCCACACUGAAGCUCAAUGAGAUUGAGACCAGUAAACUGCUGAGUCGCUUAUGUGAGCAGAACAGGCUUUUGAAGGAACAAGAGACUGUUGUUCAUCGACUCCGGAUGGAUAAGGAUAACCUGGAGGGGGCGCUGGUGGCCACGCAUCAGGAGAUGGAACUGUACAGGACUCAGCCGCUGGCCAUGGAGAAGCUGCAGCUGAAAAAAGAAAGCUUACAGAACCAGCUUAUCAACAUCCGAGGAGAGCUCUCACAAGCUUCCAGUGCUCUGACUACAUCCAGAAUGGAGUUUGAGGCUCUGGAGGACGAGGUGAACGCCAUUCAUGGUGACCUUUGGGAGCAACUUAACUCUGGAGGACAGAGUGAACUGGUCCACCAGCACCUGCAGAAAGAGUUCUGGAGGGUUCAGGAUGUGCUCGAGGGUCUGCACAAGAACAAUCCAUCCCGAGGCACAGAUACAGCCAAGCACAGAGCAGCCAGUGGGACAUCCGGUUCCUUCAGCACGAACAGUCCAGCCAGUCCCUUGAGCUCUGUGAGUCUGACCAGCCCCCUCAGCCCUUUCUCCCCAGUACCUGGCUCACAGACCUCGCCGACAAAACAGCUGGCCACAGAGGACAUUGGCCCCCCUCGGCCUCCACUCCCUAAGUCUUACCAGCCCCUGGAGUCCACCUUGUCCAUGCCCCCCUCUGUCCCUCCCCUCCCCUUCGACAGCAAUGCGUGGCUCCGCAGCAUGGACGCCUACAAGGAUGAUGAAGAGCCUCACAGCCGAAAGCACAAAUAUAGCUCACCAGGCGAAAAGACCAGCGAUUAUGAAUCAGAACAAUCCAACAAAGUUGGUAUUGUGCCACCCAGGACCAAAUCUCCCACAGAAGACAAGGAUGGCAUCCCUAGGAGAAAUGGGAAAAUGCCCAAUGGCCACAUCUCAAGGGAGAGGCCCAAGAGUGCAGUGUUCCCGGCCGAGGUGAAGUCUAAGAUGAGUGUGGAGGAGCAAAACGAAAGGUUACGUCGGAACCAGAGCAGCUCAGUCAGGGACAAGAGACGAAGCCUCAAUCUGUCCAGCAGCCAGCACCUAGAUGGCUUCAAACCUUCUGUCAACUACAGAGUGGUAAGGCGGAGAGUGACAGCCCAUGAGGUGGACAUAAAGGACCUGGAGGCGGCUGUAAGGGGGGAAGGGGUGGAGUCUCCCAGAGAGGAGAUCGCCCGUCUACGGCGACAGGUGGAACCUGAUCACUAUGACCUGGACAUCGGCAAAGAGCUGUCAGCCCCAGAAAAAGUGCUGAUUCCAGAGCGGUUUCUGGACAUAGAACCCAGCACACCACUGAGUCCAGAGGAAGAGAGAGAAAAACAGAAGAAAGUGGAGAGGAUAAAGACACUUAUCGCCAAAUCAAACAUGCAGAAUGUUGUGCCGGUAUUGGACGGCCCAGCUGAGACCUCUGGUAACACUGAGCAGCAGCUGCAGGAACAGGAGAAACGCAUAGAGAUCUCAUGUGCUCUGGCCGCUGAGGCAUCUCGGCGCGGCCGCCUGCUCUCCGCCCAGACUGCCCCCAGUUCCCCCGUCUCCCUGACCAACCUGGCCCCUUCCCCUUCUGCUGACUUCUCUGACUCCUCCCACAUCAUGAAGGUGUGAGUGUGUGAAGCUCAAGCACUGGCUGCUGUGAAGUUCGAUGGUGAACCCUUCUGAGUGCCAGCUUGGAGACAGAGUGGCAAACGAAAAAUGCCCAAAAACUGACAAAGUUCAUCUCCCCAAACAAGUGUAUUUAUUCCAGUUAACAACAUGACUACAGGAAGAGGAAUACUACAGUGUUUGGAGGUUGGGGACACAAGGGUGUGACAGUCUAAGAAACAAAGCACAGAGGUUGCCCCAAGGAUGCGUCCUCGCAAUUGGUCUCUCUAGCUCUCAUUGCACUCACAUGCUUCUUCCUCCACCGAGUCCUAACUAAAUGCAAAUAACAAAGCUGACUUGACAUGGGAGGGUAAGCAGCCACAUAAUGAAAGCUACAGAACUAGCCAGAAAGGUAGACUUGUUUACACAAGACCACAUUUACUCCUUGUCAUAUUGUAUGACAGGAGUAUCUGUUACAGUCAUAUUGAAAAGGCUGGACUCAGCAGCUCAGGACAGGAUCUGCAGAAGUGAGAUUGGAGACACAAGCAUGUCAAUAAACAGUGUAACGGCCCAAGAACAGAAGGAAAGCUAUUCCGAAACACAUAAUGGAAAGUCUGGUAGACCAAGAGAGUGAGGAGAAAGUAGCAGAACCGGACAGGGGGUAGCAGGACUAGAUCAAGGACCACUGAAAGUUGACCAGAUCGGCGCCUCAGUAUGUUACAACCAGAGAGACUGAACACUAACUCAACAAUAGCACCUACAUCUGAGUUUCAAGCUACAGCUACUCACCACAAACCACUCUCGUGAUCGUCUGAAGAUCAUGUAGAGGCAUUAUCCUAGAGUUGGGAACAAUCGCAAUAUGUGAAAGCGCCCAUUCCCUCUCUGGUCAAAAGGACCACAGUGAGAAGAUGCUUUGAAAGAGACUUGGACAAACGUAUGGACCUCAACGUGAAGAGCUUGCAUGGGCACUUACUUUCUCGUUCCCUUCAUCUACACAUCAGAGGAGAUCAAGCCCACCUAAAGACAGACUCACUGUGACUCCUUCUAGCCUCUUCUUUCCCAUCCCGCCUUUUCACUUUUCACUUUAAAUAGGGCUUGCUGGGAACUAGGUCCCAGCUCUCACCAGUCCAGUACCUUCUGGUGCUGUUAGCACUGCAGUGUCUCAACCUAUUGGUUCAAUAUUAUACAUAUAUAUCUGUAGAAGGUACAUAUAUAUUGAUUUGAGUUGUAUUCAAAGCCAUGUGGAUCCUCAUAGUGCUUUUACUGAAAUAUGUGUGCGAGGUGAAAGGAGUAUACUGAUUUAUAAAUAGUAGGUUAUAGAAUGAAAGUUGGAAAAAAGUGCCCUUAGAACUGUAAAUCUGCUUGUUGAAAGAGUGUAUUAUUUAGGAUGUUGGGGGUGGGUGGGAGAAAGGGAGGGCAGCAACUUGCAUCUCAGCCUGUAUUGUGUUAAAUUAAAAUAUGUAGCCCAUAGAUUCCCCUGUGAAUAUUGCGCCCAGUAGUGUAACACUGUGCCAUUGGAUAUUUCAUUUGGACAUUUUGGAUCUUUUUCGUGCUUAGGCAAAAUGGUAUGUUGUGUAAAUACUGAUAUUGAUAUUUGAUGCGAAAUUAAAUGAAACAAGUAUUUUUAUAUUACCGCCAAAUACCUUUGAUGUAUGUUAUCAAGCAGCUUGAUUACAGUGUAUCAUAAAAGUAACAAAUAAUUUGCCAAAACCUACGUUUCCUAUUUUCUACUUCGAUUCAGCGUUUUGGCUCUCAGAGACGCAAUCCCUCACUGAAACCUGACACGUCAUGCAAGUUGUUAGGCCGUCCCAUGCUUUUCGGCACUUCGGCUAACAUUUUAAAGUAAGGAAAAUGGGUCUGUGACUAGUCUAGCUUUAAAUUGUGGCUUCAGUUUGUGUACAGUGCUGUUUUUAUGGAAAUAUGUUUCAGAAAACGAUGCUUCUUUUUCUCUUGCUCUCUCUUAAACUCAUUAGCACAUGCAAGUCCUUUUGCAAAGUGAGAUAACUGAAUCAGGCGAAGUUUUCUGAUAGCUGGAACAGAAACAUACACAUGAUUAAUGUCUCAGAAUUGGAUCCUAAUUUCCAAAAAGUUAAAAGAAACAGGCCCAAGGGGAUGAUAGAGGUUCUAUUUUUAUUAUUUUAAAGAAAGGGAAAAAUAAUGUCAUCAAAAUGCAGUACAUAUUUUUCUAAGAGCAUGGAUCUUUGAUGAAUAAGAUGAAGUCUGAUCAAUGAAAUUUCUAACAGAGAGUGUUUUGCAUUUUUCAUGGCACUGGGGAUUAAAGUUGGCAUAUCUUUAUUUUGUUAUGUGUUGUUUUGAAGGCCUCGGUUAAGGAUAAUUUUUAAGAAAUUUAUUUUUUAUGUAAUUGAAAUGAAACACGUCAGGAAAUGCAAAACAGUCAGAACAGAGGUGUCUAAUAUUUGGUUUUAAAACAUGUAGCAUAUAAAGCUAACAAAGGACUAAACAUUGGUCUGUGUACAUAUUUUCAAACCAAAUUAAAUCUUCAUAUUAACAGUUACUAUUGCUACUUUGAGGAAAAAUAAAGAAAAAAUGCUUGAACUAUGCAAAUCAAAACAGUCAAUAUGCUUGCUUUAGGAAUACCCUCAUGCAAUAAAGUGAAUGUAUUCAAAUGUG